AUGGGAGUUCCAAGUGAUUCAGAUGGAAUCGAAGCAUCACCUGGUGAUGGCGGGACACUGGGCACAGGAGUGGAACUCGCCUUGGGUCGCUGCUGCCGAGAAGUACCGGGAGAAGGGGUUUGCUCCAGUGCUGCCCCAUCACGAAGAGGAGAUGUGGGUGGAGACAUCUGCUCCUGGAAACCAAUUUCUGAAGGCUGCACAGGAGGUGCAGUAGUGGUGUCUUGCGAGUAA